AUGAAUAUUCAUGUUGUUUCUGUGGCUGGUCAGUGUCUUAGCGAUCAACAAUCUUUGUUGCUACAAUUGAAAAACACCCUCAUAUUCAACACAACUGAAUCAAAAAUUUUGGUGAAAUGGAAUCGAAGUUCGGAUUGCUGUACUUGGGACGGUGUAACAUGCGAGGAAGGACAUGUUGUUGGUCUCAAACUAAGCAACGAAUCAAUAUCCAGUGGGAUAUUUGAGAAUUCUACACUUUUCAACCUUGUUCAUCUCAAGAGCUUGGAUUUUUCUUUGAAUGAAGAUUUAAAUUCUACCAUACCAUCAAGGAUCCUCAGCCUCACAAAUUUGAGUUACUUGAAUCUGUCACGUUCUGGUUUUGUGGGCGAAAUACCAAAAGAAAUAUCACGUUUGACAAAGAUGGUCACUCUGGAUUUCUCUUCUCUGUUAUUUUCUAACAGCCUUGUGUGUCCAAACUUGACGAUGCUGGUUCAGAACCUGACACACCUUGAAGAAAUAUAUUUUGAUGGUGUGGAUAUAUCGGCACAGAGGAACGAAUGGGGAGAGGCUUUAGCAUUUUCAUUGCCUAAUCUACGAGUGUUAAGCUUGUCCCAGUGUCAACUUUCUGGCCCUUUCGCUCACUCGCUUUCCGAGCUUCAAUCUUUGUCGGUGGUUCGAUUGGAUUAUAACAAUUUAUCUGCUCCAGUUCCUAGUUUCUUUGCCAAUUUCUCAAAUUUGACUUCCUUGCGUCUCAGUGAAUGCGGGUUAUAUGGCUCAUUUCCCAAAGAGAUAUUUCGGGUACCAACCCUGCAGACUCUUGAUAUCUCAUCAAAUAAAUUACUUCAAGUUUCUUUUCCAGAAUUUCCCCGAAAUAGUGCUUUACAAAGUCUGGUAAUUAGCAUCACAAAAUUCGCAGGGAGUUUACCUACAUCUAUUGGUAACCUUCAAAACCUGUCUACAUUAGACCUUUCUCUCUGCCAAUUUAAUGGAACACUUCCAAAUUCUAUGUCAAAGCUCACAAAACUAGUUGAUCUUGAUUUAUCAUCUAACAACCUCAGUGGUUCGAUCCCAUCUUUUAGUAUGUCUAAGAACUUAACCAAAAUAAACCUCUCUUCAAAUCGCUUAACCGGUCCAGUUAUACCAGCUCAGUGGGAAGGCCUUGUGAACCUCGUCUCCAUUAACUUAGGGUCAAACUUUCUCAAUGGAACUAUCCCUUCAUUUUUGUUUGCUUUUCCAUCACUGCUAAGUAUCGACCUUUCACACAAUCAAUUUAGUGGAGUUCUUGAGUUUCCAAAUGCACCUUCCUCAGUGUUGAAUACCAUUGAUUUGAGUAGUAAUGAUCUACACGGUCCUAUUCCGAUGUCAAUCUUUAAGCUCAAAGAGCUUAGCACCCUCUUACUCUCAUACAACAGGUUCAACAGCACUAUCCAGUUCGAUGUCUUUCAGGACCUAAGCAAUCUUAAUGCUCUUGACCUUUCCUACAACAAUUUAUCAGUCAUCACAAGUACUAAAAAUACUAAUUUCUCUUCUUUUCCUAACUUUAUUGAAUUAGGACUUGCUUCUUGCAAACUUGAAGUAUUUCACAAUGUUCUUAAAAACCAAAUAGGGCUAAAUGCUUUGGACCUUUCAAACAACCAAAUUACAGGGGAGAUACCAAAUUGGAUAUGGGAAGUUGGGAAUGGACAUAUUCUCCUUUUGAAUCUUUCACAUAAUCAUCUGGUAGGAUUGCAAGAACCUUAUUCUCUUCCUCGUAUCAAUAUCCUUGACCUUCAUUCUAAUCAGCUUCGUGGAAACAUCCUCAAUAUUCUACCACCAUUUGCUUUCUACAUAGAUUUGUCUAGCAAUUAUUUCACAUCUUCCAUUCCAGCUGACAUUGGUGAAAACUUUGGUAGGACCAUUUUCUUCUCUCUCUCAAACAACAGUCUUACAGGAGUUAUACCCAAAUCGAUUUGCAAUGGAAGUGCCCUGCAAGUUGUUGAUCUGUCCAAGAACAAUAUAAGUGGUAGAAUACCAGCAUGUAUGCCUGCAAUGAGUCAGACUCUUGGAUUAAAUCUCGGAAGGAACAACUUAAGCGGUCCAAUUCCUAAUACGUUUCCUUCUGACUGCAGUUUAAAGACCUUAGAUCUCAAUGGAAAUUCACUCACUGGUAUGAUUCCAAAAUCUCUGGCGAGUUGCAAUGCAUUGGAGAUUUUAGACAUUGGAAACAAUCAAAUGUUUGAUAGCUUUCCAUUGUUAUUGAAAAAUGUAUCCACCUUGCAAGUACUUGUUAUGCGGUCCAACAAAUUUUUUGGGCAGAUAACAUGUUCAGAAAGCAUUGGUGGUUGGCCGGUGAUUCAAAUUUUCGAUGUGGCAUCCAACAAUUUUAGUGGUGAACUUCCCAGCGAAUGCUUAAUCAAAUGGCACAAAAUGGUGGCUGCUAAAGAUGAUGCACAACAAAUUCUCAAUCACCUAAGGUUUAAGUUCACUGCAUAUACUCAAGCCCAGUAUUAUCAAAAUUCAGUGACAGUUUCCAACAAAGGUCUUGAAAUGGAGCUGGUAAAAAUACUUACCGCAUUCGCUUCAAUAGACUUCUCGAGCAACAAGUUUUAUGGAGAGAUACCAAAAGAACUGGGACAACUCAAAUCUCUGCUUGUACUCAACUUAUCCAACAAUGUUCUCAGCGGCCAAAUCCCAUCAUCUUUCGGCAACUUGCGGGAACUCGAAUCACUAGAUCUGUCAAGGAACAAUUUGACUGGGACAAUUCCCCAAACACUUUCAGAGCUGAAUUUUCUUUCAUUCUUGAACCUCUCAUAUAACCACUUGGUUGGGAGGAUUCCGAGUGGAAAUCAAAUUCAAACAUUCACAGCGGAUCGUUUCGAAGGGAAUGAAGGACUAUGUGGGCCUCCUUUGACGGAAAAUUGCACAGAUGGGAAAUCGCCGGAAACAAGUAAAGAAGACGGAGAGUCAAGCUCUGGUGGGAUUGAGAUUGAAUGGAACCUUGUAAAUGUUGGAGUUGGAUAUUUGGUUGGGCUUGGAAGUGUGAUUGGGCCACUUGUGUUUUGGAGAAGAUGGAGGAAUUGUUAUUUCAACGGCGCUGAGGAUAUUGCUUUUCGCAUAUUGCCUCUGCCACUUCUAAGGAAGUGGAUGCAACGAGCACAUCUUUGGAGGACUUGUAAUACAAGUACUCUUUUCGAUCUCCAACAUCUCAGUAGCCUAGAUUUGUUUCUGAACAACUUCAGCACCACUAUUCCUUCAAGACUUGGUAAGCUGACCAAAUUGAGUUAUCUGAAUUUAUCAAAUUCUGGCUUUGUGGGGCAACUCCCCAUUAGCAUAUCAGGCUUAACAAGCUUGAUCACUCUUGAUUUGUCUACACAUUUCUUCUCACCAAGUCUUUCAUUGAAACUUGGGAACCUAAACUUGAGCACGCUGGUAGAAAACCUCACAAAGCUUCAAGGAUUAUAUCUUGAUGGAGUGAAAAUAUCAGUAACUGGGAAUGAAUGGUGUCAGGCCCUUUCUUCUUCUCUGCCUGCUCGGCAGGUGUUGAGCUUGUGUAACUGCUAUCUUUCUGGUCCUAUUGAUCAAUCUCUUGGAAAGCUUCAAACUUUGUCAGUGCUUCGACUGGACAAAAAUAACUUGUCAGCUCAAGUUCCGGGAUUUCUAGCGAAUUCCUCAAAGUUGACUGCCUUGCAUCUCAGUUCACGUGGAUUGAACGAAACAUUUCCCAAAGAGAUCUUUCAGGCACCAACUUUGCAAACUCUUGACAUAUCAAACAAUGAAUUUCUGCAAGGUUCUUUACCAGAAUUUCAUAAAAAAAGUGCUCUUCAACAUCUGGUGAUUAGCAACACAAGUUUUUCAGGGGAGUUACCAACAUCUAUUGGUAACCUUUCAAACCUGCUUACUUUAGAGCUUGCCAAUUGCCAAUUUAAUGGAACACUUUCAGAUUCUUUAACAAAGCUCACCAAACUUGUUCAUAUUGAUUUGUCAUUUAACCAGUUCAAUGGUCCAAUCCCAUAUUCACUAUUCUCAAUUCCAUCACUGCAAGAGAUUUCUCUUUCUCACAACAACCUUAGUGGUCAACUCCGUGAAUAUGAUUCCUCCUCUGUUUCCAAGAUUAGCACAUUAAAAUUAGCUUCUUGCAAACUCAAAUCAUUUCCUUAUCUCAAACACCAAUCAAGGCUGGUCCAUUUGGAUUUGUCAGACAACCAGAUCGAUGGAGAUAUACCCAAUUGGAUUUGGGAAGUUGGGAAUGGAUCUCUUCUCCAUCUAAAUCUUUCACAUAACCAGUUGGUAGGGAUUCAAGAACCUUAUUCUAUUCCCAAUCUCACUGUCCUUGACCUUCAUUCUAAUAAGCUCCAUGGCACGAUUCCCAUUCUACCACCGUAUGGUAUCAAUUAUAUAGAUUUCUCUAGCCAUUUCUUCGCUUCUUCCAUUCCAGUUGAUAUUGGUCACUCCCUUCUGGCCACCAUUUUCUUCUCCCUUUCAAACAAUAGUCUUCUAGGCAUCAUACCCGAAUCCAUUUGUAACGCAGGUAACCUUGAAGUUCUUGAUCUUUCCUAUAACAAUUUAACUGGAAGAAUACCAACGUGUGUGUCUGCAAUCAUGAGUAAGACCCUUGGGGUAUUGAAUCUACGACGGAACAAGUUUAGCAGCCUGAUUCCUGAUGCAUUUCCAGUUAGUUGUUCCUUAGAGAUCCUACAUCUCCACAAAGAUAUGAUAGAAGGGGAAGCUCCACAAUCUCUAGCCAACUGCACUACAUUAAAUGGGAGCAUUGGAUGUCCCAAUACCAUUAAUGGUACUGAUUGGGCAAUGCUUCAAAUUGUUGACCUUGCUCACAACAAUUUUGAUGGUGAACUUCCAGGAGAAUGGUUAACUAAGUGGAAGACAAUGAUGGCAGAUGAAGAUGGAGACCAAAUAUCAAAACCCAGUCCCCUCCGGUUAGAGCUUUUACAGUUCAAUCCAUCGCUGAAUUAUCAUGUUACAUUGACAGCCACCUGGAAAGGCAGGGAGAUGGACUUUGAGGUUGAAAUCUGGUCAACUCUAUUAAUCUUCAUCGACCUAUCAUGCAACCGUUUUCAUGGACAAAUACCUCAGGAAUUGGGAGGACUACAACCACUUGUUAGCCUGAACAUGUCCAAUAAUGCUCUUAUAGGCCAAAUCCCAUCAACUCUGGGCAACUUGCGAAACCUCGAGUCAUUAGACCUUUCAAGGAACACCUAG